AUGUAUACAUCCAUGCAUAUUACCGCUCGAUCCCGUGCGUCUCUUCUCCCUCCAUCGGGCAUAUGCCCCUGCCCCUGCAACGCCGCUGUCGAUGAGGGCUGCAGCUGCCGUGACCUGGCAGAGCCCCUGGUAGUGGAGUACAAUAAAGAAGCGCUUUACGUAUCCCACAUGCUGAAUUAUACCGGGACCUAUAACUAUAAGCCAUACGAAGUCCUCGACAUAAACCCCCUGAAGCUAUGUGAGGUGGUGGCAGUUUCCAUGGCUCUGCACAUUUCCAGUCUCGCUGAGGCAGGGCGCCUCACCUGGAGGGCGGGGAAUAGUUGUGGGCUCCGCCCGGACGCGCCAACUGACGACUGGCCACAAUGCGGAUGGCAGAAGGUGGACGGAAAGCGGGUGCCGGAUAGUCAGGGCUUCUGCUGCUGGUGUGAUCGCAAAGUGAUAUGGGAUCAGACAGCGGUCAAUGCUCGCACGCGCGCAAACAAGGCCUGCGACGAGAACAUGUUUCCAGAGCUUGAAAGAGAGCCCGUCUCCGCCCACUGUUUGAGGCUCGACGACCAGUGGUACAGAGGGUACAACCUUAGGCCCGGCGGGACGCUGCAAUUCGGAGUCCGCUUAGAAGUGCAUAUCCCCACCGCCGGGAAGCCCGCCAGCAUGGCUUACGUCAAUGGCACAUUGAGGAUUUCCAAGUCUACUGUUAUCACAAGGAGCGAGUCUCUGGAUCUCACUCUUGCCGGUCCACUGGUAACAACCAGCAACAAAAUGACAUCGGCCAGGCUUUUGGGGGACUUAAGCUCAUACGCACAGGUGCCAGACCUAGGAACCCGGGCCUUGAUGAUCCCACGAGCUGAUUUCAACGAAACGGAGCUUUAUCCCGGGGACUCAGUUCCUGUCAAUGGCAGGACAUGGAUGAUGGUGAACCGCACAAUGGUAACAUACGACGGCCUCUCCUGCGACAAGAUUGGCACGAGUUACACGGCAUUCCGCAACCAGCAAAAUGCCUGUUUCCGUACGGAAUCGACCUGCCUGAGAAAUCAACUCAAGGAUCUUUUCGAGGGUGAUCAGAAACGGAUCGGUUCCGGGAUGACGCCACUUUACCUGCUCUCCCAGUUCAAUGGAGUCAACGGAAUGGCGGUAGAUGCUAUCGAUGGCGCCAUUUACUUGCGGCUGCCCAUUGCCAGCCAGCCACCCUCAGUGAUGCUCACCGUGUCGGCUGAUACAGUGCAGAUGACAACCGCACUUAGUCCGGGCAAGCUUUCCAAUUUGCGGAUGUGCGAGUUCGGUAGCACCACGAGUUGCGGAUCUUUGGGAUUCAUCACCCGAGGCCACAUCUUCUUGAGUGUCGCCAACAUGGGUCUCUUGCCCGCAGACUACAUCAUCGUUGUGUCCGAUUGCUCGCUCAACAAUGUAUGGCCCAUCGAGGCUCGAAUGAUUACAGUUAAUGCUGGCCAGACAGUGAACCUCUCGCCACCCAUUCCGAUAUACAUGAACGAUACCACCACCAAGGAGCGCUCCUGCGCGGUACAACUAUACGAUGCCACGGGUAAGGCUGUCGACAGGCAGAAACUGACCUUUGAUGCCACCGCUUCAAAAGGCUUGCAAAAGCCCUCGCGGAAUGUUAAUGCCACAAAUGCCACAAAUUGUGACGAGGUCUGUGCUAACCCUGCCGGCGUCAGUUGUUUCAUCGAAAAUGACUGCCCAGCUAAAAUGGGCCGCUUUUUGGGCAUCCUAGCCGCCAUCUUGGCGGGAAUAACCUUAAUGGUACUGGCUUGCAAGUACAGCUGGUUUUCCAAGUUGUAUGGAUGUUGCUGCAAUGACGCUGGUUGUAUGCUUGGUGGUGGUAGAUCCCGUAGAGGUGGUCUUGACCUUGGUUACGGCCCCCCGUCCGAUGGAACCAUGCCACCGAUGCACCUGAACAACAUGUACUCUGCUGGUGAUGGGCCCGGGCUGCGACCGUCAUCCACUGAAUCGCUGUACAACCCUUGGGGCCAACCAACACCGAGCAUGGCCAACAUGGCCAGAUACGAAUCUCAAUCAGGAGGCCGACUGCAAAGCUUCAUGGGAGCUUUCCAGCCUAUACAGAGGUUUUCCCAGUGGACAAGAGAAUCUAUCAGGUCAACCCAGCGGACAGCUGGGACGACACGGCAAUCCUGGUUUAAUCCGGCCGCAUGGUCUAUGCGGCCCUCCAACUGGAGUCGUGCGGGAUCUGUCACAAGCACACUCACCGGCAACAGGGCCGCUGGGGUAAACCAGGCGAGUGAGCUAGUGCCGCUUCCAAGCGGGAUCUCCAUGCAAGCCCCUCCACCUCCAGGCGCUUCACAGAGUUCUCUUGACAUGUUGAGGUCGUCACAGUGGCUGCAGAUGCCUCAAUGGCCCCGGCUGAAUCCGGCCUUAAAGGGAAUUAGCCAAAAUCUGCCGCCUACCAGCCAAGCCGAAUCAGUCACAGGCUCUAUCGCUGACAACGGUAGGGUCACCGGGCUAAGCCAGGCAAGUCUGUCUCUGCCCCAAGGGGGAAACGCGUCGUCCUCCCUAGACGGCUCUCUACCGCCGCCCAGCGGCCAGCGAGUGGAUCAAAUGCAGGGAGCUAUUAAACCCCCACUGCAGUCACAGCAGUCGGCACAAAACCGCCUCUGGUUCAAGCCGGGUAUGUGGGGAGCAGGUGCAGCCUCCGGUAAUAUUCGCGCCCCCGGCAGUCGUGUUGGAUCUUUCGCAGGCUCAGUGGCCAGCAGCAGGGUCACUAGGCCGGGCCGUGGAAAUAGUCGACAAGCCCCCGGUGCACCCGGUGUGGGGGUAUCUAUGGCGCCGUUGGACUCACGGGCAAGCAUCAUCAGCACUGUUGAGCCCUCCGCCGACCAGGAUCUGUCAACUCAGAAACCUGAUGUGGUGCUUCGCGUGGCCAUCGGGGCCCUUUGCGUGCCGGUAGGCGGACACGAAUACAAGCUUUAA